AUGUUGAAUGGUCCUUUUGCUGAAGAAGCAGAGGGUGACAGGCUUGUGAAGUCAGAUUCAUACAGUGCAAUAGGCAUGAAGCUCUAUAUAACCUCAUCAUAUACGCUCCGCGACCCAUCAGGUGCAUUGGCCUCAUGGAGAGACGACUCCCCUGUGUUCUGCAAGUGGCAUGGGGUGACAUGCGGCAGCACACAGCAGGCAUCUCGAGUCAUUGCACUAGACCUUGAAUCCGAGAACAUCGCUGGCAGCAUAUUCCCUUGCGUUGCCAACCUCAGCUUCCUUGAAAGGAUCCACAUGCCCAACAACCAGCUUGAUGGUCUGAUUUCUACUGACAUCGGCCGAUUAACCCAGCUUCGGUACCUCAACCUCAGCAUGAACUCCCUCGGGAGCAAAAACCUGACAUGGGUGAAUAUUCAGAAUAACAGCCUUACUGGUGGGAUACCCCCUGCUCUGUUCAACUGCACGUCUCUUCAUUACAUAGAUCUGUCACACAAUGCUCUUUCCGGUUUACGAGGAAGGAUUCCAGAGAGCUUAGGUAAGCUUAAAACUCUGCAAGCACCAGACCUCAGCUAUAACAACUUGUCAGGCACCGUUGCACCUGGACUUUAUAACAUCUCUCUCUCACUUUUCUUGGAAUUGGGGCCAACCAACUUGCGGUACACUUCCCACCAGUAUCGGCAACACCCUUACAAGCAUCACACAGUUGAUAUUGGAAGGAGCAGGUUUGAAGGUCCAAUUCCAGCUUCACUGGCCAAUGCCACAAAUUUGCAAUAUCUAGAUCUCUGUAGCAACGCAUUCACAGGUGUUAUUCCUUCACUGGGAUCCCUGACCUUGUUGAGUUACCUAGAUCUAGGUGCAAAUAAGCUUGAAGCUGGAGAUUGGUCUUUCAUGUCCUCUCUAGUCAACUGCACACAGUUAAAGAAUUUAUGGUUAGAUAGAAACAACCUCCAAGCUUGUAUGGAGGCAUUCCACGGGAACUGUUUUUCGAUAUCUACACUUUCUGUUGGCUUAGACUUGUCCAAUAACAAACUCACUGGAGACAUACUGUUUGAGAUUGGUGCAUUGAUCAAUCUGAAUUCACUUAGUCUUUCCAACAAUCGAUUAUCAGGUGAGAUCCCCUCCACACUUGGUCAGUGCCUUCUUCUGGAGUCACUCCACUUAGAAGCAAAUAAUCUGCAACGAAGCAUCCCAGAUUCUUUCAUCAACUUAAAAGGCAUCACUGUGAUGGAUCUUUCACAGAAUAACCUGUCUGGUAGAAUUCCUGAAUUUUUGGAGUCACUUAGCGCUUUACAGAGUCUAAAUCUAUCCUUCAAUAACCUUGAGGACCCUGUCCCUGGAGGCGGCAUCUUUGCUAAACCGAAUGAAGUGUACAUCCAAGGAAACAAUAAGUUGUGUGCAACGUCUCCAGAUCUACAAGUACCACAGUGCUUGACAUCAAGACCCCAAAGAAACAAGCAUGCCUACAUUUUAGCUGUUCUGGUUUCACUUGCUAGUGUAGCUGCAGUCACAAUGGCGUGUGUUGCUGUCAUUAUUUUGAAGAAGAGAAUGAAAGGAAAGCAACUAACCAACCAGUCAUUAAAAGAGCUAAAGAAUUUCUCGUAUGGUGAUUUAUUCAAAGCAACAGAUGGUUUCUCUCCUAACAGUCUUGUUGGAUCCGGAAGAUUUGGAUUGGUGUACAAAGGUCAAUUCAAGGUUGAAGAAUGUGCAGUUGCCAUAAAGGUAUUCAGGCUCGACCAAUUUGGAGCACCAAGUAACUUCCUUUCUGAAUGUGAGGCAUUGAGAAACAUUCGCCAUCGGAAUCUUAUAAGAGUGAUUAGUGUCUGUUCAACGUUUGAUCCAACUGGAAAUGAAUUCAAAGCACUCAUUCUUGAGUACAUGGUAAAUGGUAACCUAGAAAGCAGGCUCCAUCAGAAAGAGUACACAAAAAACACGAAAAGACCAUUGAGUUUAGGAACACGAAUAGCAAUAGCUGUAGAUAUUGCUGCUGCAUUGGACUAUCUUCAUAAUCGAUGCACUCCUCCUUUGGUACAGCGUGAUCUGAAACCAAGCAAUGUCCUUUUGAAUGAUGAAAUGGUUGCAUCUCUCAGUGAUUUCGGUCUUGCAAAGUUUCUUUCUGUUGACUUUUCAACAGGAUUCAAUAAUUCAUCGAGUGCUGUAGGACCAAGAGGAUCUAUCGGUUACAUUGCACCAGAGUAUGGCGUGGGGUGCAAAAUCUCAGUUGAGGGUGACAUCUACAGCUAUGGAAUUAUUCUGCUGGAGAUUAUUACAGGAAGGCGACCAACUGAUGACAUGUUUAAGGAUGGUGUAAACAUCUGCAACUUUGUGGAGUCAUCACUUCCACUGAAUAUCCAUAACAUUUUAGAACCAAAUCUCACUGGAUAUCAUGAAGGUGCAGAUGGAGGACAGGAAAUGGUUGAAAUGCAGCACUGUGCCAUGUAA